GCGGGGCACUCUAAGAUGCUCUGGAAUUUCAACUGGGAAGUCGUUGAGGUUGUCCUUACGACCCAGCCCCUGCCCCGACUUAAGAGUAACAAUACAUCUGCACACUGGGUGUGGAAAGGCAAUCGAGAACACAGCCUACGGCACGGCCUAGGGCGCAGCAGAGCACAGCCGCCUGUCUCGGGAAAUGUGAUGCGGUACCGUUGCUGUUGCUGCCCCUGCGAGUACUGCCUGGGGAGUCAUGGCCGCGGGCGGCGUUGCCCCAGUGCCUAUGAUUACACAGUGCCACCUAUGGAGAAAGCCCUUGUGAAAACCGACAUUCAGAUCGCUCUGCCUGCUGGGUGCUAUGGAAGAGUAGCUCCACGUUCUGGCUUGGCUGCAAAACACUUCAUAGAUGUAGGAGCUGGUGUCAUAGAUGAAGAUUAUAGAGGAAAUAUUGGUGUUGUACUGUUCAAUUUUGGCAAAGAAAAGUUUGAAGUUAAAAAAGGUGACCGCAUUGCACAGCUCAUUUGUGAACGGAUUUAUUAUCCAGAAAUAGAGGAAGUUCAAGGUCUGGACGACACGGAGCGGGGCGCGGGGGGCUUCGGUUCCACCGGGAAGAACUGAAAUGUAUGCCGACGACAGGAAAUGGGAAAACGCUUGUUUCUUAAAAAUCAGAAGUUGGUUUGUUUUUGCUUUUGUUUUUUUGUGCUUACUAGCUUUAGCUGCUAAAAAUACCUAGUUCUCUUAUGAGCAAGGAAAGUGUGUAUUUUUCUGCAUUUGAUUGUUAAUAUAAAUCUGCAUGGUAACCUGACACAGUUUAUUUUCUCAGUCAAAUGUACAUCAGUUCCUGAUGCGCUCCAGAGCUCUUCUUUAAUUUACUAAAUGCUACCCCUUGAACAAGGUGUUUGCUUUAUAAAUGAUAUGCAAAGCCUUUUAUUCAAUAGAUUUUAAUUUUUCAGAUACAGAUUAUGACAUAAACUGAAAUAAAAGACAAUAAAAAGUUA